UGGUCUGCCGCACUCGGCAUGUCUGGAGCACGAAUGUAGCCCUCAAAUUCAGGAUCUUUUUUUUUUUGUGGACUAUGGACAUAAUUUGUUACCUGCUUGUUAUAGUUUUAAUAAACAUUCAGGCUUGGGAAACUUUUUCUCAGUGUUUACGCGGGUGCAGCUGUGUAGAAGACCGACAUGGAAGGUCAUUAAUAUGUAUGGAGGAGAGAGCAUUUGGGGCUAUACCACAAGACCUUCCACAUGAGUUGACAAAAAUACGAAUUGAAAAGUCUCAGUUUACUGAAAUACCCAGAGGGGCUUUCUCAAAAACGUUGACGUUGGAGAACUUGUGGUUGAACUUUAAUGAAAUCACACUGAUAAACUCAAAGGGUCUGGAGGGUUUGAGGAACUUAACCGAGCUCCGUUUGCAAGGCAAUAAGCUACGUUCAGUACCAUGGACAGCAUUCGAGGACACGCCGGCUCUCAAGAUCCUGGAUCUGAAGCACAACCAGCUGGACGUCCUACCGGAGCAUGCGUUAAGGUUUUUGCCAGGUCUGACUUACUUAGACUUAUCCUUCAAUCGUCUUACGGUGAUAUCGAAGGAGGUCUUCCAAAACUGGCCUCUCUACCAAAAAUUACAGAACAUGGAGGAGCGGGAGGCGACAACAUCUGGGCCAAACGUCGUCCUGGCACUCCACGACAACGCCUGGCUCUGCGAUUGUCGCCUAAAGGGCUUCGUGGAGUUCAUCAGGUCUCUGAGCCCUCCGAUUAUAUUGAUGAACUCCUACUUGACUUGCUCAGGGCCGGACUUUAGGGCGGGCAAGUUCUUCCAUGAGAUAGAGCUACAGGCAUGCAUGAAGCCUGAAGUCAGCACCUCAUCAGCCAACAUCAGCCUGCCACAGGGCGCCAACGUCACCCUGCGAUGUAUCGCCAAAGCAAGGCCUGACCCUUCAGUGUGGUGGACAUAUGGUCUGAAGAUAAUCAGAGGAUUUCAUGAAUCUCAAGAAAGAGUGGAUGAUGACACCAUCAGAUCCCUCCUGGUGAUCCCCUCUGUCCAUGCAGCUGAUCAUGGUGUCUACACUUGCAUCGCUGUCAACUUCAUUGGAAACUCCUCCGUCAGCAUCUUUCUAGAGGUGCGCUCUGCAGGAAGCUCCCAGUCUUCACUCCUCCCAGCUGUACCGCGGACUGGUGAUGAAAAUGUCUACAUCGACAUCCGCAUCGCCAAGCAAACAAUACGGGGUAUCUCCAUUGAGUGGUUCGCUGCCCUAGAACGUCCCACUGAAACCUGGUUCACGAUCCACUUUGGUCGUGCAGAUGCUGAUAAAAAAGAAAUAAUCUACAUUGGACCUGGGAUUAAUUCUUACUCCAUCUCGGACCUGAUGCCUGCAACUAAAUAUGAAAUCUGUGUAACCCUCAAGAAUCACGCACCACGCCCAGAACAGUGCAUCAUCUUUGUAACAGGAAGUGACAUCACUGAGAUGGAACAGAGGGAGAAGCUGAUACAUAUAGUAGUGAUAGUUUUAGCCAUGGUGCUGGCAGUGCCUGUAGGCAUGUAUGCAUGCACCACUGACACCAGGUUGGCCUGUUUGGAUGGUAUAAUGGAGAGCUGGAAGAACCGAAGGAGAGACAGAGGCUCAGCAGGAGGCAUGGAAAGGGAGAGGCAGGGUACCUUCGACAGUCUGCAGGCUGCCAGUGAUGAGGGCCUGGUUAAUAAAGGUUCCAGUGAAGACAGGAAGGCCGAGGAGGUUGUUGCAAAGAUGUGAAUGAUGGCCGUUAUGUCAAGGAUUUGCACCAGGGUAGAGGCUGUGCUGAAGUUGAUUUUUUUCAGACUGAAGUAUAAUGCAUCUCUCUUGUUAUCACAAUGCAGCAUUUUUAACUAUCAGUAAUAAUUCAUUUUAUAAAUAUUUGAAACAGAAAAGAAAAAGCCUUUGCCAUUGAUUUCAAUCAGAACGAUAUCAAAUGACUUUCUAAAGAAGACUUUUUUCCAGCUUCUCCAAUGAUGGAUAUUAGCUUCUUUAUCAACUAUUAUGUGUUAGCACUUAAGCAUUAUUCUAUGGAUUUACAUGCGUGUUAAUUUUUACCUCAUUUUCUUCUUGUCAUGUCAAAAGUGUAAGUUAGGAUGGAUUUUUAAUUAGAAAAACAGAUGGUUAUUAUAUGAAAAAACCUCACACCUUGUAAAUAGAAAAUGUUCUAGUUACAUUUUUUGUGUGGUAGUGCAUAUAUACCUCAACAUGUUUCAUGUGUGCAGACUAAAGUGGUUGUUUUACUACAUUUUCUAUAAAUUCUACAAAGGUUUUACAUAAAGCAAGCACAUAUGCAGAAUUAGUGUCAGUUACUAUAGAUUCUUACAAAUACCCAGCAGAAAAUAUAUUUUGCUUUAAAACAUACUGUCUGUUGUCAGUGUCUGUUUAGCCCUUUUUAUAGUUUUGCUAAAGCAGGAUUAUAAGGGGAAAAUCUCAAAGUAGGGAGAGAACCUUACUUUUGAGUCUGGUUUUAUGUAGUUUGCGGCUACCAGAAAACACAAGUUUAUUUGAAUCUCAUUGUUUUAUUAUUUAAGUUGUGUGUUCCAUAUUUGAAGAUAGGCAUAGCCUUAAAGAUCAAAUUGCAAAAAUUGCGCUUGAUUGCAUCUGAGUGAAAUUCAUUCAUAGGAUUAGGUUAUGCAGAGAGGAAGUUUCCUUUUUGUGGAUAAUGUGCUGAAAGGCAUUCAGUUUAGUUUUAUUCAUUGAUUUCUUUAAAUCCUAUCUCAGUCACUGUACAUGUACGUCACAGUUCCCGUUUUUUUUCUGUGUACACACGCAACACAGCAACGACGUAUCACACAUGAUCUGCACUGACCAACCCGCACAGAUGGCACAUCAGAUAUCCUUUGGCCAAUGGCAUUGUUCAUUUGACAUAAUACCCAAACACUGUCAUCCUCUCCAAUAUCCCCUCCUGCCGUCACUUUAUGAUCAGAUCACACAAACCCUCUCCCCCAACUCCAUGUGUUGUCCCCUGUGACGCAAGAAGAUCAGUUCAUCUCUGACGGGGCUUGCAUGUAUUCACUUAAGAUCAGGGUUUUAAAUGACUGGCUGAGAUUGGCAGCUCUCAUUUUCUGGAGCACAGAUACAUCUGCUUUCUUUCUUGUUCUGAUGUCUUUAUAUGAUUUGUGGGUGGGGGAUUGAUGCUGCUUUUUGUUGUAAUCCUUUUCCACUGCCCAUGACACAAUGCAAUGUAGAAUUCUAUAAACACACAAUUUCAGCUACUUCAGCACAGAACAGCACAAGAUUUUAUCUUAUUUUUUCCCCACUUGCCCUAAUGUUGCCUAAAGCAGUGCAUUAUUAUUACUGACCUCCGCAGUAGCAACAUAAAUAAAAGAAACGUUAAC